CGCUGCUGCCCAGAACCUAGUAAGAGGAUUCCCUCCUGGAGUGGCCGUCCCAUCUGGAUGGAAAAGAUGGUGCUUUGCAGAGUGAAGGUUCCACACACCUUUGCUGUUCACUCUUACACUCGUCCCACCAUAUGCCAGUAUUGUAAGCGACUGCUUAAGGGCCUUUUUCGCCAAGGAAUGCAAUGUAAAGAUUGCAGAUUCAACUGUCACAAACGCUGUGCAUCUAAAGUACCUAGAGACUGUCUUGGAGAGGUGGUUUUCAAUGGAGAACCUGCUAGCCCAGGCCAGGACUUGGACAUGCCAAUGGAAGUUGAUAGCAGUGAAAUGAACAGUGAUGGUAGUCGGGGUCUAGAUGAUGCUGAAGAGCCCUCUCCUCCAGAGGACAAAAUCUUCUUUAUGGAUCCAUCUGACCUUGAUGCAGAUAAAGAUGAGGAAGCUGUCAAAACCAUCAGUCCUUCAACAAGCAAUAAUAUUCCUCUCAUGAGAGUUGUACAGUCGAUCAAGCACACAAAGAGGAAGAGCAGUACAAUGGUUAAGGAAGGAUGGAUGGUCCACUAUACUAGUAGAGACAAUCUGAGAAAAAGACAUUAUUGGAGACUGGACAGCAAAUGCCUCACGCUAUUUCAAAAUGAAUCUGGAACAAAAUAUUACAAGGAGAUUCCACUUUCAGAAAUUCUCCAGGUGACUCAGCCUCGAGAUUUUUCAAACGUGGUGCAGGGCAGCAACCCAUACUGUUUUGAGAUCAUCACUGACACGAUGGUGUACUUUGUUGGCGAAAACAAUGGCAGCAGUCAUCACAGUCCUGUUCUUGCUGCCACCGGAGUUGGACUUGACGUAGCUCAGGGCUGGGAGAAAGCCAUUCGUCAGGCUUUGAUGCCAGUCACUCCUCAAGCUAGCGUUUGCACUGCUGCAGGACAAGGAAAAGAUCACA